AUGUUUUCGUCUGCUUUGAAGUCUUUUGGCUCAAACAUUGCUUCCAAUUACCAGCUAUCUCCACACCCCUCAUUUACUUCGGGCCCCUGGAAAGUAUAUGAUGGCAAGAAAAAGAGUACCGGAAAUGCAGCAUCUGUUUUCGUUUUUGAUCGGAAAUUCCUUGAGGCACUCCCUAGUGGCCUUGGUUCCCGCCCUAACUCCUCAUCGCUAAAAAAGUUACAUGAUGAAGUUGUUGAAAGGCUUAAACGGGAGGCAAGCAGCCUAACCCGCCUAAGACACCCUUCAAUCCUCCAGGUCCUGGAACCAGUGGAGGAGACUCGAAAUGGCGGUUUGAUGUUUGCAACCGAGCCAGUCACCACAUCUUUAGCCGGACUCCUGGGGGGAAAAGAUGACCAAAAGCAGCUUUCACGAGGGAGCAGACGAGCUGGCCUCUCUACCCGUGAGGAUUCCGAUGUAUCUGGAAAUGGAAAUAGUACCGAAUUGGAUGAAAUCGAAGUACAGAAAGGCUUAUUGCAAAUUGCCAAAGGCCUAGCAUUUUUGCAUGAAUCUGCCGGUCUUGUCCACGGCAACCUAACCCCCGAGGCCAUCUACAUCAACGCGAAAUCAGACUGGAAAAUAUCUGGACUUGCCUUUGCCGGUCCAGCUGAUACAGGGUCACAGUCGCCGCUACCUCCGCUCGCGCUUUCGGAGGUUUUAUAUCAAGAUCCCAGAUUGCCAGCUGCCGUUCAACUUAACCUGGACUAUACAUCCCCUGACUUCGUCAUGGACUCGAACAUUUCCACAUCUGCGGACCUCUUUUCCCUAGGCCUUAUCAUUGUUACUCUUUAUAAUUACCCCCACACAUCUCCUCUAAAAACUCACGGCAACCCUUCUACAUACAAAAAAUUAUUGAGCUCACCAUCGACAAUACCUUCACAAAGUAAUGGAUUUCUUGCCUCGGGUCAAAUACCAAAAGAUCUAUCAUCCUUCGUUUUGCCUCGACUCAUAACGAGAAGACCAGCUCAGCGUAUGGAUGCAAAGGAGUUCCAACAAUCUCAAUAUUUCGAUAAUAUUCUAAUGUCAACCAUACGCUUUCUGGAGUCUCUUCCUGCGAAAACUGCCAACGAGAAGACCCAAUUCAUGAAAGGAUUGGGACGCAUAUUACCAGAAUUCUCGUCUUCUGUGCUUGAAAAGAAGGUUCUUGUUGCUCUCUUGGAUGAAAGCAAGGACAAAGAAUUACUGCCACUUAUCCUGUCGAAUGUCUUUAAAAUCAUCAAAAUUAUUCCAUCCGGUCCGCGCGUCGUUCCCGAGAAGAUCUUGCCUCAUCUCAAGUCAGUUCUUCUCCCAGCUGGUACAAAGACAUCCACGCAGGAUCGCGACCACAGCAAAGAUGCUAGUCUCAUGGUUGUCCUGGAGAAUAUGGAACUUAUUGCUAACACAUGCUCGGGGCGAGAUUUUAAAAAUGAUGUACUACCUCUGGUUCGCUUAGGAUUAGAGUCUGGUACCCACUCUCUUGUCGACGCUUCAAUGCGGUGUCUCCCUGUGAUGUUGCCGAUUCUCGAUUUUUCAACCGUGAAGGAUGUCAUUUUCCCUCCUAUUGCUUCCGUUUUCACCAGAACCAGCAGUCUUGCUAUCAAAGUCCGAGGCUUGGAAUCGUUCGUUAUUUUAUGCGGUGGGUCCAUAGAAGAGGAACCCUCGACUUCUGGUGGUGAUUUCGUGGGGAUGUCAAGCAAUCCCCAGCAAUCCAAAUCCGGCUCAGCGUCAAUUCUUGACAAGUAUACUGUCCAAGAUAAACUGGUUCCCCUACUAAAAGCCAUUAAAACGAAAGAACCCGCAGUUAUGAUGGCAGCUCUAAAUGUGUUUCGACAGGUCGGCCAAAUUGCUGAAACCGAAUUCAUCGCGCUGGAAAUCAUUCCAACACUAUGGAAUUUCAGCCUUGGCCCUCUUCUCAAUGUCCAGCAAUUUGGUGGUUUCAUGGACCUGAUCAAGUCCCUCUCCUCAAAGGUGGAACAACAGCAAAUGAAGAAAUUACAGUCACUCUCCUCUUCAAACGAUCCCGACAACCCUAGAAGCAGCAAUCCUAAUUUAUUUGGAAUGAUGGAGACUUCAAAUGGCAGAACCAAUGUUGAAGCCACACGAUCAGAUUUCGAAAGCUUAGUCCUUGGCAAAAAAGCGACGACAUCAAGUUCUGACAAUACUUCAUGGAAUUCCUGGGACACUGCAAGCUCAAGCGCAGCAGCGCAAAAUACGAUUAAUAGCACACCCCAAUUUACGUGGUCGACCGUAAAUUCUGUCAAUGCUAACAAUUCUGGAGGUCGUAAUUCACUUGCGAACCUGUCAGGCCCUAGUCAUCGGUCGAUUACGCCAGAUAUGAGUAUAAACUCCUUUCCUACACUUGCUCCUACUGCUGCACAACAGCAGCCAUCUAUGGGGUCAUCUUUCCCCACGUUGCAGCCUUCACGGCCAUCUCAACCAUCUCAACCAUCUCAACCUUCACCGCUUUCACCUUGGUCGACAAUGGCCCCAAUAGCGAACAGCAACAAAAUCCAACAACCCACUUCGAUAAUGAAUAAGUAUUCCACAAACCAGAUCUAUCCAUUCACAUCUGCAGCAUCAACAGUAUCACCAUCAACUUCGUCCUUUGGCCAAGACUUGCAGCCAACUAUACCCCUUUCUCAAUUUUCAAUCCCUCCUCCACCCCCGUCAAAUUUCCAGCAACAGCAACAGGCGUCACAUGGGCCCCUUUCCUCCGCCCUUGGUCAGCAAAAUGCAAACCAAAACCAGCAGCCUUAUUCGAAUUCACGACAGAUAUCCCCAGCUCUACGACUACCAAUUAACCAACAGAAACAGGGUCUCGAUAAAUAUGAGAGCCUCCUUUGA